GUAAUAAAAACGUCUCCCCACUUUUUCAAUUGUAGCCGAUCAAAAAAGCUGAGCAGAAAUAAAAGUGUGGCACGUGUUGUGCUGUUUUUAUAGUUUUUUUGCCUUUGAUAUGUUUUAAUUUCGCUAAAAACUCGUCCGCAACAAUGGUUCAAGCAAGUGAGGAACUAGUCGGUCAUCCCGAUCUUCCCCAGGCCUUGGUCUUGCUUAACGAAAUGAACGUCAGCGCACAACACGUCGCUUCCCUCGUCGACAAUAUGAUAGACCGAGUACGUAAGGGCGAACUAACGACGGACCAAGGCCUCAGCUUUCUCGAAAUGAAAUAUCACAUGUUACUCAGCUAUUUAAUAAAUUUAACGUACGUCGUACUACGCAAGUGCUCGGGCGAAAAAAUCGAAGGAGAUCCUUGCAUAGACAGAUUGGUCGAGAUACGGACGGUGCUCGAAAAAAUUAGGCCCAUCGAUCGUAAAUUGAAGUACCAAAUUGACAAGUUGGUGAGAACGGCUACCGCCGGCGUAAAUGCGGACGAUCCCACCUCGUUUAAGGCCAAUCCGGAAAAUUUCGUCGAGCAGGGUGAAGGUUCCGGUGAUGAAAGCGACGAUUCGUACACGAGUGUUAAGGAAAAAUCGAAGACCGGAGUUUAUGUACCUCCGAAGCUAUCUGCUGUUCAUUUUACAGGUGAAACAGCGAACGAGCGAAACAAACGAGAACAAGAGAAGAACAAAAGAUUAGCGUUAUCUUCGGCAAUAAUGCAAGAUCUAAGAGAGGAGUACUUGGAUACGCCGGUCGAAGUUAGACAGAGCAGCCGCGCACAGCAGAUACUCACUAAGCAGCAACAAGAACGGCAGGCCUACGAGGAGGAGUACUUUACAAGACUGCCACUUACCAAAGCCGAUAAACACGCAAGAAGACAGUUAACCACCGUGGGAACUUUAGGCGGGGAAAUUACCAAUUUCGGUAGCGAGGCGAGUGGGACGAGUAAAAAACGAAAACGAUCGCUGAAAUCGAAGGGGGGCAAGAGUUAUAAAAGAAAACGCUUCCAUUAAUAUAUCUCGUUUGAAAGCCGCGCAUGAAACCCCAGACGUAAUUUGUUUUUUAGUUUUUUAAUAUCUAAAUUCAAAAUUGAUAUUUGGCCAAUCCAAAUCUCGGAGUCAAGUGAAGGUGAUUGUUAACCAUAUUUCACGUACCGUAGGUAGGGCAUUCAUUAUGUAUUAUAAAAACAAGACUAUAAUAAUUAAAUUUGGAAAAAGAAGAAUGAAUUUUUCAUUUGUCAAAUAUACUUAAGUGUGGUGUUCCUCAAGGAUCUGUACAGAUUUUAUGUUAUUUUCAAGAUCAUUUGACUUGCUUGCUUGCUGUACUGUUUUGUUUAUACAUGUAAUAAAUUGAAUAUUCCGUAAUAGAAAAUCGCUGGCUCUGAGGUUAGAGGUUGGUUCAAUUGUAAUUUGUGUAGACCUAAACUGGUAGAUCUGAACGUUAUCGGUUUAGGUUGUUAAUGUUUAGUGUAGAUCUUUGUUGUUUCUAAGGUUUUGACACGUGCUGUUUGGAAUAUUCGUUAAUCUUUUGUGUUUGGUCAUUGUCGUCUGUGAAAUGAAUCUGUCUACUUAAAAAAUGGACUGAACUAUUUUUACAUAAUGUUAAAAUUUCACCGGUUCAAAGUGAUUGAAACUGCGUCGGUUACGAUAAUUAAUUUGUUGUUACACGUCGAAGUACCCGCGCAGUUUACAUUGCUUUGAGCGUAACAGUUAUAGUUAUAAUUGUGUUAAAGAAAGUUCUAUUAUGAGGUGCAUUGUUGUUGAUAUUUUUUUAUAGUAGGUGCGAACUCUGCAUUUAAAGUAAUAGAAUAUCUCUUUGAA